AUGAGCUACUACGGCAGCUACUACGGAGGCCGCGGCUACGGCUGGGGCGGCUUCGGGGGCCUGGGCUGUGGCUAUGGCUCCGGCUGGGGCUGGGGCGGCUUCGGAGGCCUGGGCUGUGGCUAUGGCUACAGAAGCUAUGGCUGUGGCUGCUGGCGCCCGUCCUGCUACGGGGGAUACGGAUACUCUGGCUUCUACUGA